CCGCUGUUGUCCAGAAGGACUGAGCUGGACAAACUGAGGAAAGACCUUAACGAGCAGUGGCAGAGAGAACAGAAGAAAAUGCAAGAGUCCGAGGCGGCGCUGCGUAAGGCCCAGUGGGCCCAGACCCAGAGGACAGACGAGUACCACAAGGCCCAGUCCUCAGCCAGCCGCUCCCAGGAGGAACAGCCCAGGCAGCUGGAGAAGAAGAGGAAACUGGAGGAGGAGGCUCUACAGAAGGCUGAGGAUGCGAGGGACCACUACAGAUCCUGUGUAGCCGAUGCAGGAGCCAGGAAGGCAGAGCUGGCCAGCACCAAGACAGACAUCCUCACUCAGAUCAGAGAACUGCUGGCUCAGUGUGACCUCACACUCAAAGCUGUGACAGUCAACUGGUUCCAGCUGCAGCAGGCCCAGACCGUGUCUCUCCCCGGCCACUACCAGGCCCUGUGUGAAAACGCGAAGAUGUACGAGCCUGGACAGAAAUACGCCGAGUUUGUCAGAAAUCUACCCAAAGAUCAGAUACACAUGGAGUCCUUCUCCGUUGACGGACGGUUUGCUUUGUUCAGCAAGCGUUCGCUGGGCAGCACGAGUUCCCAUGGUAACUUGUCCCAGGUGUCCCUGACCUCCGAUGACGUCCUGAGUGGGGACGAGGUGGACAGUCCCCUGGGGUCGCGACCUGGGAAGAGGUCCAACAGCGCCACAGACAUACAAGGUGACUUUAAACGCAGACUACCCAGAACCCCCUCCACUGGCACCAUGUCCUCAGCAGACGACCUGGACGAGAGACAACCAUACUCCGACAACGGUCUGGGUGAGAUGGUGACCGAGGCAGACGGUUCCCCUGGUCCGUUUCGUAACGCCCAGAUGUCCAAGGCAUCUCAGACACACAAGCUGAGGAAACUCAGAGCGCCGUCUAAGUGCAGGGAGUGUGACAGUCUGGUGGUUUUCCACGGAGCAGAAUGUGAAGAGGUAGAAAUAAACCGAUAG